CAAAUUAAACCAACACCAUUUUCCAAACCCAGAAAAAAUGCAGGCCUUGUACAGUAACACAAGAGUACCAUUAGCACCAACUGUAAAUUCCCAUCUUUGCCAUUCCACUCAUUUUCUCUCUCCUAAACAAAACUACCCUUUUGCACAAACUUCAUUCCCAUCUCCAUUUUCUCCUCAAAAUCUCAACUUUACCAAAAAUUCUUCACUUAGAAUUGUAAUACCCAUAAUCAAAGCUUCUUCUUCAGCAUCUUCACCAAUGGCGUCCUCUGCAACUCCUUCAUCGCCAGAAACCAAGCCAUUCUCUGUCCUCUUUGUUUGUUUGGGGAAUAUUUGCAGAAGCCCAGCUGCUGAAGGGGUUUUCAGAGAUUUGAUUAAGAAAAGAGGGCUUGAUUCUGAUUUCAACAUUGAUUCUGCUGGUACAAUUGGUUAUCAUGAGGGUAAUCCAGCUGACUCAAGAAUGCGGUCAACUGCAAAGAGGCGUGGGAUUGAGAUUACUUCAAUAUCUAGGCCGAUUCGGCCUUCUGAUUUUAGGGAUUUUGAUCUUAUUCUUGCAAUGGAUAAGUCUAAUAGAGCUGACAUACUGGAGGCACUUGAUAAAUGGAAACAAAGGAAUAACCUCCCACCCGAUGCUGAUAAAAAGGUUAAGCUAAUGUGCUCUUAUUGCAAGAAACACGACGAAACAGAAGUUCCGGACCCCUAUUAUGGUGGACAGCAAGGCUUUGAAAAGGUUAUAGAUCUUCUUGAAGAUGCUUGCGAGUCCCUGUUGGAAACCAUACUAACAGAGAGCCGCCCGGCUUGAUAAUCUAUUUCCUGCCUUUCGCCUGAUUAUACUUCUGUGAAUUCAAACGAGAAUGAAUCGUAAUAUUUAUUACCCCCUUCAUGUUCACAGCCCACGUGAUGUGCAAGGAGCUUAUUGUCAAGGGUUUGAGUAUGUCUGUGUAUUCAAUUAGGAACUAUGUAUAUGGAAAAUGAACUUGUAAAUCAUUCGGAUUUGGAGAUUGUAAAGAUAUUGAUAGUAGACAUCUGAUUCGGACAUGAAUGAAAUGUUAAAACUUCCUGACCGA